GGACAAUGCCUGCUGGCCCGUGUGGGGAGGGGAUGUAGAGGGCGGCGGCACCGGCCGCUCCUGGCACCAUGGACGAUGCCGCGGUCCUAAGGAAGAAGGGUUACAUCGUGGGAAUCAAUCUGGGCAAGGGCUCCUAUGCAAAAGUCAAAUCUGCCUACUCAGAGCGCCUCAAGUUCAAUGUGGCAGUCAAGAUCAUAGACCGCAAGAAAACACCCACUGACUUUGUGGAGAGAUUCCUUCCUAGGGAGAUGGACAUCCUGGCGACUGUCAACCACCGUUCCAUCAUUAAGACCUAUGAGAUCUUUGAGACCUCUGAUGGACGCAUCUACAUUGUCAUGGAGCUGGGCGUCCAGGGCGACCUCCUCGAGUUCAUCAAGUGCCGAGGAGCCCUGCACGAGGAUGUGGCACGCAAGAUGUUCCGCCAGCUCUCCUCAGCCGUCAAGUACUGCCAUGAUCUGGAUGUCGUCCACCGAGACCUCAAGUGUGAGAACCUUCUGCUUGACAAGGACUUCAACAUCAAGCUGUCUGACUUCGGCUUCUCCAAGCGCUGCCUGCGGGACGGGAGCGGGCGCAUCGUCCUCAGCAAAACCUUCUGUGGGUCAGCAGCUUAUGCGGCCCCCGAGGUGCUGCAGGGCAUCCCCUACCAGCCCAAGGUGUAUGACAUCUGGAGCCUGGGUGUGAUCCUCUACAUCAUGGUCUGUGGCUCCAUGCCCUACGAUGACUCUGACAUCAAAAAGAUGCUGCGCAUCCAGAAGGAGCACCGAGUGGACUUCCCACGCUCCAAGAAUCUAACUGGUGAGUGCAAGGACCUCAUCUACCGCAUCCUACAGCCAGAUGUCAACCGGAGGCUGCACAUUGAUGAGAUCCUCAGCCACUCGUGGCUUCAGCCCCCCAAGCCCAAAGCCAUGUCUUCUGCCUCCUUCAAGAGGGAGGGGGAAGGCAAGUAUCGAGCUGAUUGCAAGUUGGAUACUCGACCAGGCUCAAGACCCGAACACCGGCCUGACCACAAACUGGGGAGCAAACCCCAGCACCGGCUGCUGGUAGCACCUGAGAAUGAAGACAGGAUGGAGGAGAGGCUGGCGGAGACUUCCAGAGCUAAAGACCAUCACAUCUCUGGAGCUGAGGUGGGGAAAGCAAGUACCUAGUGGCGGAGAGGGCCCUGGGGGAUCAUGGUGUGCAGUCUGCACCCACAUAAGCUAAGUAGGAGGUAGGAGCUGAAGAAGGCACAGGUGCAAGGAACAAGUAAAAUCCGUCAAUUAAACCACUAUUUUGAUUACGUUCUAUUAGCUUUCUUCCACUUCGUAGCAAAGCCAUUAAUUACUGACCACCAAAUAAACCACAAAGUGUAUACAAGCA